UCGCAGGCUCGCAGCAGCAGCUGAAGCCGCAAACUCCCAGCUCCCCUGGUCCCCACUCCUAGCUCUGAGGGGAUCGGACGGUUGACCUGAUGUUGUCUCGCUUCUUAAUCCAUCCUAGCCGUUGGUUUUCAUAUACUAGCCCACGAGACCCAGCCCAGCCGGCUUGGAUCUCAACCCAUAGGUGGCGCUCUCCUCUUCGGCUUCGGUUGCAAGAAAGAAAAAGGUAUCCGUAUGUGACUGGUACUUCAGUCAUUGCCUUGAAAUACAAGGAUGGUGUGAUCAUGGCAUGUGACACUGGAGCAUCCUAUGGAUCAACUUUGAGAUACAAGAGUGUGGAACGCAUUAAGGCUGUUGGCAAGCAUAGCAUCAUUGGAGCAAGCGGAGAGUUCAGCGAUUUCCAGGAGAUCCUGCGCUAUCUGGAUGAACUAACUCUUUCUGAUCAUAUGUGGGAUGAUGGAAAUUCUCUGGGCCCCAAAGAGAUCCACAGUUAUUUGACAAGAGUGAUGUACAACAGACGCAACAAGUUUGAUCCUCUCUGGAACUCACUUGUACUUGGUGGAGUGAAAAAGGGUCCAAAGGGUGAUGAGAAGUAUCUUGGCAUGGUUAAUAUGAUUGGUACCCACUUCGAGGAAAACCAUGUCGCAACUGGAUUUGCAAAUCAUCUGGCGAUCCCGAUACUCCGUGCUGAAUGGCGCGAGGAUAUGACUUUUGAAGAAGCUGUUAAGCUGGUUGAGAAGUGCUUGCUGGUCUUGCUGUACCGUGACAGGUCAUCUAUCAACAAAUUCCAGAUUGCCAAGAUCACAACUGAAGGAUCAACCAUCUACCCACCAUAUUCCUUGAAGACCUACUGGGGCUUCUCUCACUUUGAAAACCCAGCCCAGGGCGCUGUGGGAUCAUGGUAGAUUUAUGCGCCGCGCACGCCGCAUAUCAUGCCAUGAACUUAGGCGAAACCAAUCUGUGCUGCUGAAAUCGAACACUUAUGAACGUUUGUUCUGAACAUCACUGGAACUCUGCAUUUGCUUGUAUGACAUGCUUAUGGUUCAGCGAGUUUAAUUCCAACGUUUGAUCACAUGUUGUGAAUGUGGAAAAUGGAUUGUGCGAUUGCGACCUCAGAUGCCGUUGUUGAUUGUACUAUGUUGAAAACUUGAAAUGCUAAAUUAGUAUAGGUAGGUGACCUUUGCCUU